AUGGCGACCAUUACCGAGACCGCUGUUGAGAUCGGCAAGAGUCCUUUGAAGGAACACAUCAAGUGGCACGAUCUUCCAACACCGGAAGAACCAAAUAUCCCUCUUCCGCCUCCGUCAGUCAAUCCAACGUCGAUUUUAGAUCUCGAUAAAGGCACACCCGAUAGCCAUGUUCCUCGGGAUCCACGACUUAUCCGCCUGACGGGUGUGCAUCCAUUCAAUGUCGAGCCGCCACUUACGGCUCUCUAUAAAGAAGGGUUUCUCACAUCCCCCGAGCUAUUCUAUGUCCGGAAUCACGGCCCUGUACCUCAGGUCCUUGAUGAGGAUAUCCCAAAUUGGGAACUGAGUGUUGAAGGACUGGUCGAGAAUCCCAUAGUCUUAAAUUUCAGAGAUAUUCUCCAGAAAUACGACCAAAUCACCGCCCCGAUCACCCUCGUCUGCGCCGGCAACAGACGAAAGGAACAAAACACAGUCCGCAAGUCAAAAGGCUUCUCAUGGGGUCCAGCUGGACUCUCAACUGCUCUGUUCACGGGGCCUAUGAUGGCCGAUAUCUUGCGUAGGGCGAAGCCCAUGCGGCGGGCCAAAUACGUGUGCAUGGAGGGAGCAGAUCAACUGCCGAACGGUUAUUAUGGCACAUCGGUCAAAUUAAACUGGGCAAUGGAUUUCAACCGAGGAAUCAUGUUGGCUCACAAGAUGAACGGCGAGUCGCUGAGACCAGAUCACGGCCGGCCAUUACGGGCUGUUGUCCCCGGCCAGAUUGGAGGGCGGAGCGUCAAGUGGCUGAAGAGACUGAUAUUGACUGAUAAACCGAGUGAUAAUUGGUAUCACAUUUAUGAUAACAGAGUGCUACCAACUAUGGUGUCCCCGGAGAUGUCUGCACAGGACAAGAAUUGGUGGACCGAUGAGCGAUAUGCUAUUUACGACCUCAAUGUUAAUUCUGUGGCAGUUUAUCCUCAACAUGAAGAGGAGUUGGACCUUGCUACGGCUGGAUCAACGUAUACUGUCAAGGGCUAUGCAUAUGCUGGGGGUGGUCGGAGGAUCACUAGAGUAGAGAUAUCUUUGGAUAAAGGCAAUACAUGGAGACUUGCCGAUAUCGAAUAUGCAGAAGACAAGUACCGCACGUGGGAAGGCGACCUUUUCGGCGGCAAGGUCGACAUGUGGCAGCGAGAAUCCUGCUUUUGCUGGUCUUUCUGGUCUCUGGAUAUCCCGGUAGCAGACCUUGAAGAUAGUGGAGCGAUACUGGUCAGGGCAAUGGACGAAGCAUUGACCGCCCAGCCGCGUGACAUGUACUGGUCCGUCCUGGGGAUGAUGAACAACCCGUGGUUCCGAGUAACAAUCACGAAGGAAGGUGGUUGUCUGAAGUUCGAGCACCCGACACAUCCCGCAAAGGCUGGAGGGUGGAUGGAGAAGGCUAAAAAGGAAGGCGGCAAUUUGACCAACGGCAAUUGGGGCGAGCGGAUAGAGGGCGAAGCCCCUGUUGAGCCCGAGCCCGUGAAGGAGAUUAAUAUGAAAAAAGAGGGCGUGAGCCGAAUGAUUGAUCUUCAAGAGCUGAAGGCAGAUAGCAGCGCCGAGAAACCUUGGUUUGUUGUCAACGGGGAAGUUUAUGAUGGAACAGGCUUCCUGGAGGGCCAUCCCGGAGGAGCCAUCAGUAUUUCCUCCUCCGCUGGACUUGAUGUCUCGGAGGACUUCCUUGCUAUCCACAGUGAAACGGCCAAGAUGAUGAUGCCCGACUAUCAUAUUGGUACCUUGGACAAGGCUUCUGUUGAGGCAUUGAAGAACAAUGUUUGCCCAGCCUCUGACGAGCCGCGACCAGUCUUCCUUCAGUCCCGGGCCUGGUCCAAGAUCAAGCUUUCAGAGGUGAAGAAUGUCUCUUGGGAUACCCGAAUAUUUGUCUUCGACUUGGAACACGAAAAACAAUCUCUGGGUCUGCCGAUUGGCCAGCAUCUGAUGAUCAAGGUCUUGGAUCCCGCUACCAAAGACCCCAUCAUCAGAUCCUAUACCCCGAUCUCCAGCACAAGCAUGGAAGGGAAGAUGGAGCUGCUGGUGAAAAUAUACUUUCAAUCCGACACAAUACCGGGCGGCAAGAUGACCAUGGUUCUGAAUAAGCUUUCCCUAGGCGCAGAGAUAGACUGCAAGGGGCCCACAGGUAGAUUCGAGUAUCUUGGAAACGGCCGAGUGCUCAUCAGCGGCAAGGAGCGCAAGGUCCGCUCCUUCAAGAUGAUUUGUGGAGGAACUGGUAUCACGCCGAUAUUCCAAGUUUUGCGUGCUGUCAUGCAAGACCCCCAAGAUCCUACAACUUGUGUUGUGCUCGACGGGAACCGAUUGGAAGAAGACAUCCUGUGCCGGGCCGAGCUCGAUGCUUAUGUUGCGGCGGGAAGUCGAAAGUGCACUCUCGUACACACCCUGACGAAAGGCUCAGAAAAUUGGAAGGGCCGGCGAGGACGUAUCUCUGAGGAGUUACUCCAGGAGUAUGCGUCCCCUGAAGAUGAAAGCAUGGCUAUUCUCUGUGGACCGGAGGCGAUGGAGAAAUCGGCUAAGAAGAUUCUUCUUGACCACGGUUGGGCAGAGUCUGAUCUUCAUUUUUUCUAG